CGAAAUCAAAUUCUACAUCAUCAUCAUUAUUAUCAUCAUCACUAUCUACAGCAGCAGCAGCAGCAACACCAACGCCAGUAUCAGGAGUGAUGGCAGGACUUUCAUUAAAACAAGCCGGAAAGUCGGCCGAAAAGCCAUCCCCUCGCUGGACCAAGGAUAAUGUUUAUGAUGGACUUGUAAACUUUGUACUCGGAGACGCAUUUGACCAAGUUUGUCCUCUGUUUGAUGCUGAUCAGGAAGAAGAGGACAGAGAAGAGGCGCCGGUUGGAGUAUCCGCACUACACGACGGAACCUUUUCUGACGACGAGACUCCAGCAACGCCCCAAGGUCUUGCGAACAGUGAUCCAAAUUCGCUAGAAGAAGACCUUGACAUGUCACCAUUAGAUUUCCUCAUCAACAGUGUCCCCACACCUGCUUACACCGGUACAUUUAAUCCAUUCGCACACCAAGUACUGCGUUCUACAGGAAGUCUAUUCGAAUCUCCUAUUCGUAAGCACUCUCGCUUUGGAUUUGCACAGAUUUAGGAUGAUAAAAUGGGAAAUAGAGAGAGAGAGAGAGAGAUAGAAACAAAAAAAAAACUCGGUCAUUUUUUAUUUUAAAAAAAGUAUAUCAAUUCUUAGUAUAAACAUCAG